CUACUCUCUCUCUCUCCUCCAUUUCAAAAAAAGUCUCUUACUUUCCUUCACUCUCUCUCUCUCUACUCAACAAGAAGAAGAAGAAAACCAGAGAGAGAGAGAUAAGAAAGAUUCUAUCUCUACACCAAACCCAUAAACUCUGUCCAUUGUUCUGUAAUAGAGAGAGAAGUCGAAACUUUCAGACAUGAAAACCCCAGAUAAACCCAUCUUCCACUUCUUUCUGAUCCUAGCUUCGAGCUCUCUCUUCUUCACAACAACGACAGCUAAAUCAACAAUCGAGCCAUGCUCAAGCAACGACACCUGCAACUCCCUACUCGGCUACACGCUCUACACCGACCUCAAAGUCUCUGAAGUCGCCUCCCUCUUCCAAGUCGACCCAAUCUCCAUCCUCCUCGCCAACGCCAUCGACAUCUCCUACCCCGACGUCGAGAACCACAUCCUCCCUUCCACCCUCUUCCUCAAGAUCCCCCUCACCUGCUCCUGCGUCGACGGGAUACGCAAAUCCGUCUCCACGCGUUACAAGACCCGCCCUUCCGACACUCUAGCUUCCAUCGCAGGCUCUGUCUACGGCGGUCUGGUCUCCGCCGAGCAGAUCCAGGAGGCUAACUCGGUGAACGACCCCUCGGUGCUCGAUGUCGGGACGAGUCUCCUCGUCCCUCUGCCGUGCGCUUGCUUCAACGGGACGGAUAAUUCUCUGCCGGCGGUUUAUCUGUCGUACGUGGUGAAGGGUGUGGAUACGUUGGCGGGGAUAGCGAGGAGGUAUGAGACUACGCUUACUGAUUUGAUGAAUGUGAAUGCUAUGGGUGCUCCUGAUGUUAGCUCCGGUGAUAUCCUCGCCAUUCCCUUGUCAGCUUGUGCUUCUAAUUUUCCCAAGUAUGCUUCGGAUUACGGAUUGAUAGUUCCAAAUGGUAGCUACGCUCUAGCAGCAGGCCACUGCGUGCAAUGCAGCUGUGCGCUUGGGAGCCGCAGUUUGUAUUGUGAGCCUGCUUCUUUAGCCGUCUCUUGCUCGAGUAUGCAGUGUACAAACAGCAACCUCAUGCUCGGUAACAUCACGGUCCAGCAGAGUAGCGCUGGCUGUAACGUGACGACUUGUGAUUACAAUGGUUUCGCCAACGGCACCAUCUUGACCAUGCUGUCUAGAUCUCUACAGCCACGAUGUCCCGGGCCUCAACAAUUUGCGCCGCUUCUAGCUCCUCCUGAUACUGUUCCUAAGGAUCUAAUGUAUGCACCAGCGCCUUCGCCGGAUUAUGAUGGUCCAGGUUCAAUAGCAGCUUCGCCAGGAUCAUCUGUGAUUCCUCCAGGUGGUGGUUCCUUCCCGGGUAACCCUGCUCAUGGUCCAGCUGGAAGCAUCUCAACCGCCACUGUCUACUCUUUUAGCUACUUCUUUAUCAUUUUACUCAUCUCCAUCUCCUUUGUCUUCUCAUGUUGAUUGAUCAACAACAAUUUGUUUAUUUUACCGCGCAUUAAAACUCAUUUCUGAGAA